AUGAUUGCUGGUGCCUCUCUCGCUGUCUUCAGUUUCGGUACAGGCACUGGACUUGGUCUGUCCGUUUUACAAGAAGGAAUCAGCGAUCUAAUUACGUGCGUGAAAGCUGGUAUCAUUAAUCGAAAUUUCAGUUGGAAACAAUGGGGUAUGCAAAAGGCUAUCAGUUCAGCAGUGACCAUCGCUUGUGCAGGCUUCAGCGCUUUGAAAGCGGCGGCGAGAACUGUAAAAAGUGGCUUAAAAACAGCGAAAGCUGCAGUAAAAUAUGGCAUGCAAGAACUAUGGACCAAAGCGGCACAAGAAGGAUUGAAAAUUGGUGGAAAAAAAGUCGCUGUGGAGGUUGUCAAACGUGCCGCCGUUGAGGUAACACUUUCAUUGAUCAACUACGCUCUGGCAGAAACUAUCGUACCGAUAGUCGAGAAUCUCAUUCAAACAGCUCUCGCUGAUCUAAUUGUACUCCGAUACAAGCAUAAUGCAGAUUUACAACGCUUGAUGGAUUGUGAUCGAAAAAAACGAAAUCGGUUCUUCGCCGACAAAUUAAAGCAGAAAGUUUUACGUCAUCUUCACGAAGAACCUUUUCGAGAGUUAUGUCAAACAGCUGGGCGUAUUCUCUUGAACAAAACGUCAUCGAAUAUUGGUCAAGCGGCAGCUCAGAUGGCAUCCGUUCAGCUGACAUUAGUCCCGAUUAUUAAGAAACUUGGUUCGAUAGCAAUUUCAUUCGACACGGAAAUGAAUAAAUUAGCCGAGUCAAAAGAAGUUCAGAGCAUUCUUAAUGCCGCGAACGAAUCCAAUGGUGACACAACUGGUGAUCGACAAGCAGAAAACAAAGAAUUACCUUUGACAGUGGAAGAGUUCUGUAGUGGCAUAACGAAGCAGAUGAGUAAAAUAAUCUGUCAAUGGAUUCAAGGUAUGUUAGUUCCACCAUUAGUUGCAUCGACAGUCAAUAAUAUCUUCUCGGGUAUCGACGAAAAGGUCAACGAUGAACUGAAUUCAUUCCAUCACAAACAAACGGUGGCUUACUUUCAAAGUCUUACGGAAGAAGAAAUCAAGGUGAAAGUCAAUGCCGAAACACGAGCUUUAGCUGAACAAGAAAUAGAUGCUGUUCGCAAUGGUGCACCAGGAAGAAUUCAUCAUAUCGGAUUCAUUUGUCAAAUGAAGAACAGACGAGUUCGGAUCUAUGGUAAAGACGGUCGCGUGGAACAUGUCAUCGGUAGUGACACAUCGCAAGAUGCCAUUGACAUCGUUUACCAUCCGCCGAGUGAAUCGAAUAGUCUUGGCCAUUGGACAAUUAAAAACGGCGAAAAUACUCAAAACACUGGCGAAUUUAACUGUUUGUUCGAUACUAUUGGUCAAUCCCUUGGUUGCACCGGUGAACAGUUGAGACAAGACACAGCAGCAGCCAUGAAAGCCAAUCAAGAUCGAUUAGCGGCAACAAUGCAUGAUGUGCGAUAUUUGGAACAAAAUUGUAGUGAAGCUUUAUUCACUGGUGGUCUACAACAGAAAAAAUACCGCAGACAACAAAUGGCAGUAGACGCGCUCAAACUGUCAUUCAAGCAAAAACAUCUCAUCACGGAAAAAUCCAAACAUGGUGGUGUCACAAAGAAGGACCUGGAAGAGAAAACUGCAAAAGUUCUAGAUAAAGAACUGGGGAAGGUGGAACUGGGUAUGACAGAAAACACUAGGUCGACAAAUACGGUUCUUCUGAUGACACCAGAAGAAUUUGACACGGCAAUUAGUCAAGCGCGGGCAAACAACCAAUUCACACCAGGCAAAACGGGAGAGAUCAAAGUCAAACUGACGAAUGUGGAAAUAAUGCAUCUAGAAUGGGUAAUGACAUGA